UAUGAUUAUGUUAUCAAAAAGAAGAAAUACAUACUUAUAUCAUAAAACAAGAUAUAUGAAUCAUACAAUCAAAAAAUUACAUUCCUCUUGUGCAAUAAGUCAAAACCUAACUUUGUCAAAUACAAUUAUUAGUACCAAUACAGCAAUGGAAAUUAAUGGAGAAAAUAUAUAUACAUUAUUAAAAGACAGAUUAAAGUUAACUUUUACUGAAUUUCGGACAGUGAAUGUCUCAAAAGGAUGUGAUCAUAGAGUUAUGCUUAUUAACCUAAUUGACUGUCAAAUUGAUCGGUUAAUCGUAAAAGAACCCCUUUCGGAAUAUGAUAAAAUUCAUAACGAAAUUUUAGGUUGCCAAAUAGCAGAAAAUGGACAAGUUACUGCCCCUAGAAUUUUAUUACACGACUCAGCUUAUCUAGUUGAAACUUGUAUUGGAGAAAUGGAUUUCUACGAAUAUUUUAUCUCUAUAAAUGCUCCAGAGAAAAAAGAAAUAAUUAAUAAUUUCUAUAAACAUGUUGGAAGAAAUUUAGCCAAAUUUCACUCAGCGAAUAAUGGAGAAGGUUUUGGCAAAGUAAUAAACUUUUCCAGUCACCUUUCAAAGGGUUAUUGCCCCAGAGGAAUGUACAAGACAGCUUCAGAAUAUAUAAACUCUUGGUUUUCAUUUGAAUCAGACAUAUUUCUUCCCGAAAAGAACAUAUUAACCGAAGAAGAAAUUAGUCAGUGUCGACGAUAUUGGAUCGAAAACCAAGAGUUUGUCAAUAACGUUAAACAAACAACUCUACUGCACGGCGAUGUUGACCUAUCGAAUAUUCGAGUUGAUAGUGACGGACAGUUUAGAGGUUUUGUAGACUUCGGAGAUGCGUACAUUGGGGAUUGCUUAGACGAUUUAAGUAGGUUAUACGUUCAUCUUUAUGGUCAAGUUGAUUGGACAGCUCUUGUAAAUGGAUAUGAAGAGAUUGCCGGCAAGCAAGCUGUUGACGAGAGAAAAUUAAAAGUCUACUCUUUCCUCCUCUUAUCGUGGAUUAUCCCACAUUCAAAGAAGAAUCUAGAUAUUGAGAAACCGAAUAGAUAUCAUUUUUAUAAAAGUGUUUUUAUUCGUUUAAUCUCUAAUAAAUAAACAAAUAAAUAUCUCU